UUGUAAUAAAGCAAAGCCAAGAUCCCAGGAAAGAAAAGGACGCUAUUUUUGUGUGAAACUGAAAGAAGAAAAAAAAAAAGCAAAUAACUAGAAUCGAAUUGAAGAAGAAAAGAGAGAGAAAAGAAAAUCUAAAGGAAUGAGAUCUUGGAAUUCAUCAGUUGUUCUGCUCCUCUUUUCCUUCCCUUUCCUCCUUCCCGUCUUAGCCUCAGCUUCAGCUUCUUCAAUUGACUACCAACAUGAAAGAAUUGGGCAGAGAGUUUUGAUGAGCUUCAAAGAAUCUUCCAAAGGAAGUAACCGUACUUUCGAUUGCUCCCCCUCUGGUCCCUGCAUUCCUUGCUUUUACUCUGAGAAGAGUGACAAAAAAUAUCGAUGCAGCGAGACAGGAUAUCGUAUCCCCUUCAAAUGUGUAGAAAUUGAUGAUAGUUCAAAGGUUGAAAAUAAAGAAAAAUCUGAAAAGAGUAGGUCUAAACUUGAAAUCUCCGUUAGCAAUGAAAAUUCAAGAAAACGUAGAAGCUUACUUGAUGAUUCAUCCACAUCAAAGGGUGAGGUACGAGCCUACAUUACCUAUAGAAGCUGUAUACAAGCAGUUAAUGAAGAGAAGUUAUCAUUACUGGGUUUUGAGGUAUGUACUUUUUGGUUUUUGUCUUUUGGUUGAUUUUUGUAAUUGAGUACUUUGACAAGAAUCAUCUUCUUUAUCCUCAAAACAAGAAUCAGGUUACAUAUUUAAUAGUGUUUAUUCUGGAAUUUUUGAAAUUUUUGUAGCCAUUCUGAAAAUGGACUUGAACUGGAUUGUUGAAUACCUAUUCCUUUUUGUUUUAGAUCUCUUGUUUUUGGCUUUUUGGAUCUCAACUUCUAUUUGCCUGUAAUGCCUAUUAAUUGGCUGCAUAAGAAAUUUGAAACUCAUACUAAAAGGUAUUUCUCAUGAAAUUCGUUUUCUGUUUUUAAACUAGAAUUCUUUUUGCUUCUGUCCUACCAUAAAAGCCUAGCACGUAAUCAGAAGAAAAGCUAAUGUCAGUUACUCCUUUUUUUCCCCUUUGAUUAAAAUUCGUUAAGUAGAUUUAGUACACUUCUGCAUCUCUUCUAUUCAAGGUAGCCCUGUAUUAAAUUUACAACUUGUGAAGGCCGCGCAGCCGUAGCUUGGUUAAGUUAAAUCCCAGUUAUAUUUGUUGUGACUGAUGUCCAAUUUAUAAAACAGAGGAGCUGGACAUUUCUCUUGGUGAUUGUGUGCAUAGCAUUAAAGUAAAUUUUAAUCUAAAUUUUCCUCAAAUGUAAUGGUGUAAUUGAUUCUUGAUAAUCCUGCAAUCAUGGAUUGAAGCUUACACAUUUUGGUGGUCUGUUGUUAGUAAGCGAUGAUACAAAGAUCCUUUAAUUACUGAGCUGCAAAAAUGUCUUUUUUAUUUUUUUUGGUCCUUGAGGUUGGAUGGGAUCAAACUUUAAUUACUAGAGCAGACGAAAUGAUUGUUAGCAAGCCGCUAUGUAGUUUUGAUGCAACUUUGAACUUGUUCCUUCGGCCCUUGUUCCAUGAGUCUUUAUUAUUCAUAUGCUGUUUGUUUCUUAUCUCCUUACUGAUAGCAAUUCUAUAUGAGCAUCCUUGGCUUAGGUUGUGAACUUGUCACAAAACAUUGCGUGAAAGCAUGAGUCUCUAGAAA